CAAUCAGGUCGACGCAUUGUGCAGCGAGCUACGCCCGCGCGGCAACUCGUGUCGCGCGCUUCAUCCCAGCAUUGUACUGGCUGCGGCGGCGCGAGCGGGACAGGAGUUAGUUUACCUCCACUACGAAGAGUUUAUUCAGCGUUUUAUCUGUGUUAUAAGUUAAAUUCAAGUAGGUUCCUCUCUGGACAUUAUCCAGCUCGUAGACUGCUCUGUCUGGGAGGAGCUGCCGAAGCUGAAGCCGACUACAACCCGCCGUGGAAAAAGUUUAUUGUCGCGCACCCCGUGGGGGUUUAAAGUUCAGCUAACAGCAGCGUCACGGGCUACUUAGCAGGUAGUUUAGCUCCACAUCACGAUGGCAGCUGUGUGUCAGUCGAGACGUGCCUUGGUGGAAAUACCUGCGCCACAGCCCAAAAUCGCAGCUCGGAUGAGGAGGUCAUACCUGGAGAUUUUAAGUGCUCGCCUGGCUCCGUCUCCACUUCCAAGAGGGAGAAACGCAACUGCAAGCAAGAAGAGAGUGCAGUCAUUGGACUUGUCCAUCGGUGGGCUGUGGAGCGCCGGGAUAGAGGAGCAGUGCGACAAGAUGGAUGAUCACCACACGCCUCUGUCCAAACAGCAGCUCGUACAGCUGAUCAGGUCGCUCAUCUUAGUCGAACAGAGUCAAGAGCCCUGGAUCCUGGCGUCGGACCUGAAGUAUCUCCAGGAAGACCUGCAGCUGAAGAAAGCAAAUGUUUACAGGUCCAUACCGUACUCGCGGUUUGGCUCCAACAGGGAUGCUCACUGCUACAGAAAGGCGUAUCCUCACCUGGUCGCGUUCAAAGUUUCGUGUCAGGAGUGGGGCCAAGUUCUCCUGAGGAACAAAGAGUGGGACGUGGCGCUGGAGCACGCGCUGAUGGCGUGGCGCUACACCAGCGAGCUGCCGCAGUGGGACACGGCGAGCCACAACGCUCUCCGAGAACAGUGUUACGGCAUUUUGGCGGCGCACAGCCUCAGCGCGCUGCAGCACUACCACCCCGAACCCGGCAGAGGACGAGAGCUGCUCAGAAGCAAAUCGCUGACUUUCACACCCAGCCUGACGCGCUGCUGCACGGGCAUCCUACUCCUGUGUUGCCACCUGUGGAAUGCUGAAGAUGGCUCAGUCGCACAGCCAGUCGAUUGUGCCCUGCAUUCACGAGCUGCAGAGGAUUAUGGGAUGCGCUGAUGACUCCUCCAUGGAUGCGAAAUAACGCUGCGAACACUAUUGAACCAGCAGUAAAAAGCAUGUUUCAUAGAUGAGCUGAAUGAUUUCUGUAUGGUACAGGGCCAAAAACCUUUCCUAUGGUAGUGUUUGUUUGGAAAAACCACUACAGUAUUCUUCCAAAGGGCGGGGGGAGCAAGUGAACAUGGAAACGGUGCCACGUAAUGCAGGCUUGAAAAGACGACACAAAAACUUUGCGGAUGGUUGGGAAAUGCAAUGAAAGCUUAUUUAAUCACGUUGCAUUUUCACAUCACCUGCAAAACAUUGUUACGAGGACUGUAACGUCUGUUGCAUGGCACGCCUCGUAAUGUUUUCACAUUCUCACGUUAUGUUGCCAAACAGCUUAUUACAGAACAUGUGAGAAAUGUUGGAUUGGUGCUGACUGCGAUCUAAUUAAAAUGUAUUUUUAGUACUUUGUAUGGAAUAAGUUUUGCAUCAAGGGCUGAAAUGAAUUUGCCUUUCCUGUUGCUUUAUGAGGGUGUGUGUGUGUGUGUGUAUAUAUGUCCUCGUUACUGUUCACAAUACUUGAAGCUGUGGCCUUUGCCGUCUUGACUGGAGUUGUUUUAUAUGUAUGUCUUUGUUCAUAGAUUUGUUUUUGUCACUGAUUGCACUGUUUGUCCUGAAAACUUGAAGAUUUUUGAUAAAAUAGACCCCUAAUUUCAAUAAAAUCCUUACUUUGUACUGCUAAA